AUGAACAAGAUCGAGCUAGGGGUUGCUGCCUCUUUCACCAUCUCCAGUGUCCUGAAGGACUCGAUCACGUUCUGGUUGAAGAGGAUGGGACUGUGUGGGGGCUUACAAGAAGCAGGAUAUGAUCUCGUGAUAAGGGAGCUUUUCGUGCCCGAUGCCUUUGCUCAUGGCACCCUCAACGUGGCGCUCCUGCAUCUCCCCGACUGGCUCUCGCAUUCCGACCCGCUAGCGUUAGAAGGGAAGUUGAACCUUUUCCUCGCGCAGAUGCGGACGCAGAUGCCGCAGUGCGGACGAUGCGGCGGAUCCAGAUGCGGAUCCAGAUGCGGAUCCAGUGAUGCGGAUCCCUCAGAUGAUCCCUCAGAUCUGACACGAACAGCGUGUGCGCGGAUCCUCGGAGUCCCGGCUGCUCGGAGUCCUGCUCGGAGAGAGUCUGCCCUGGAGUCUGCCGGGAUCAUCGCAGGGAUCAUCUCAGAGGGCAGUGACCGCACCGUGUACUGGAAACUUGAGGUUGAGGGGAAGUAUGCAGCUGCUGCAGGCGUCUUUUCCAUGCGCUUUGUGCUGGUAACAUGGAUGAGCAUCAAAGAACAGGGGAAUGUGGUCAGGCAGCAUGCGAACAAAUACCAUCUGCCGCCACGCAAGCCGCUCAAGCCGCAGAGGCCUUUGGAGCGUCAGAGCUUCAGGCAGUACCCCAGGCUCAAAAUGCUGCCCUUUCACGUCGAGAACUGCCAAGAUUGGAGGAUUCAGAACAAUUAA